AUGUUCCGCUUAGCUUAUAAUAAAGAAACAGUAUUAGCUAAACUUUGGGACUGGGUUAAGAAAAUGUUUUCACUACCUUUUGAAUCUUGGAAAAGUGCUUUAUUUAUUUGUCAUCUCAGAAAAGAUAUACAAGGGAUUAUUCGUGUUCUUAAAACUGAUUUUCCAGAAUUGCGAAUCAAGAAAUAUUAUGGCAAAUCUGAUUCAGUAGAAAGGCUCAAGAUUUUAGCAAUAAACAAGAAUGUACUAACUGUUCGAUUAUGGGUAGCAUAUAUGUUAGAGGUAAGUUUAUCUAUUAUUAAAGCGGAGGAGAUAGCAGAUGUUUCUAAUGCUACUAUUAUCAAUCGUGAGACUGCUGAAUUUUUAGAGAAUAAACCAAAGAAGACUUUAGAAGAGAUGCAGUCUCUGGACUGGAAUCAUAUUGUGGAUUUCUAUGAAAUUUUGCCUGAAUCAUUAACUGAAGAUUUCAUCUUGAAAUAUGGAAAUUUUAAUCAUAUAAAAUGGUUUAGAGCUUAUAGGCAAUUAUGA